AUGCAUCUCUCGUUUGCUACAUCGAUCACCUUGGUGAGCUUGGCUGCUGCCAACCCCCUAUCGAACCGCUUGGCCAAGCGAGCAGCUAUCGAUGAUUGUCUGCGAACUGCCAAUGUGCCUGUUGACGCACCCAACUCGAACGACUGGAGGGCCGAUUCCAACCCCUUCAACCAAAGACUCAAAUAUACACCAGUUGCCAUCGCAGUCCCGACCACGGUUGCGCAGGUGCAGGCUGCUGUUUCAUGUGCUGCCAAGGUUAAGGUCAAGGUCAACCCCAAGUCUGGUGGACAUAGCUAUGCAUCCUUUGGGCUUGGUGGUGAAGAUGGCCACUUCGUGGUGCAGCUGGAUCGUAUGAACGCUGUCACGUAUGACUCGGCAACGGAGAUCGCAACCGUCCAAGCCGGUGCUCGUCUUGGCCGCGUCGCGACAGCUCUCUAUAACAACGGCAAAAGAGCGUUCAGUCACGGAACAUGUCCAGGUGUUGGGGUUGCUGGGCACUCUCUGCAUGGAGGUUUUGGAUUCAGCUCUCACACCUACGGCUUGGCCGUCGACGCCAUUGUUGGAGCAACCGUGGUGCUCGCGGACUCCAGCGUGGUCGAAACAUCCCAAACUGAAAAUCCUCACAUCUUCUGGGCGCUGCGUGGUGCGGGGUCCAAUUUUGGAAUCGUGACGAGUCUCAAGUUCAAAACAUUUGCCGCCCCUUCGCAGGUGACGGUUUUUGCCAUCAACCUGCCAUGGACUAAUGCGAGUGCUAUUGUACAAGGCUGGUCCACCAUUCAAGACUGGCUCAAGGCCGAGAUGCCCAAGGAGAUGAACGGUCGUAUCCUUGGAAACCGCAUGCAGACACAGAUCCAGGGCCUUUACCACGGUACCCAGGCUCAACUCCGGACGGCGAUUCAACCCCUUCUCACCAAGCUCAAUGCACAGAUCUCUCAGCAACAGCAGUAUGAUUGGAUGGGUGCAUUCUCCUACUACACCUAUGGUCAGCAGGUGGAUGUUUCGCGUCCUUACAACUUGGUCGAAACAUUCUACAGCAAGAGUCUAGUCACGCCCGCCUUACCCAGUAAUGUACUGCAAAACGUUGCCAACUACUGGAUCCAAAAAGCCAUGUCCAACAAUCGUAACUGGUUCAUCAUCAUCGAUCUAUAUGGCGGUGCCAACUCGGCCAUCACAAAGGUGGCCAGCAAUGCAACGGCCUAUGCGUUUCGCGACCCCAACAAUCACCUCUUCCUUUACGAGUUUUACGACCGUGUAAACUUCGGCUCCUACCCAUCAAAUGGGUUUGAAUUCCUAGACGGCUGGGUCAAGAGUUUCACCGAUGGGCUCGCCACAGACCAAUGGGGAAUGUACAUCAACUAUGCCGACCCGACUAUGAAUCGAACCAUGGCGCAGGAUGUCUACUACAGAAAGAACCUGCCGAAGCUGAGAGCGCUCAAGACAGAGCUUGAUCCCACCGAGCUCUUUUACUACCCACAGGCUAUUCAGCCCGUUUGA